AAAGUGCCUGACAUAUCAGCUCCACAGGUUCACUCAGUGGGUAGUAAUUGGUUAGGUCUCAGCUGGAUUCCUCCAAAAUUCGACUGUGUGGCAGAACUUGAGUACAGAGUUCGCCAUUCGUCCAAAAAUAAGAAAUCGAGCGGAUACGAAAAGAUGGGUUCCUUCCAGAGCAACAAUUUACAGAAAGUGGGUGGCAGUGUAUCACCAUGCGUUGCCUGGCCUGAUCGUCACUGCCUCUUCCUCGCCAUUGACACGAGAAGCGGGUGCUCAGUAGCUAUACAGGUGAGACGUAUGACGGAUUUGCAAGAAAGUGAUCCAAUGAUUGUGAAGUUUUCACCAUCAAUAAAUACUGACAUUCCGGGACCGCCUCGUCGCCUCCGUGUGGUGGAGGCGGGGGCGACAUCGCUGGUGUUGCGCUGGGCCAGCCCGCUCGUCCUCGGUCGCCGCCUCGACAAGGUCGUCAUCAGAGCGCGCUCGACGGACGGAAAAGUCACUGCGUUGCCACCAACAAGUGUCACGUUAUGCCCCGAGUACGAGAAAACGGUAGAAAAUCUGGAGGAAAACACUGAAUACACUGUGAAUGUGUGGUUCACUUCGACCACAGGCAAAGAUGGUUAUAGUGCCAGACUUAAGGUUCGGACUCUACCCCAAUCAACAACGACAAUACCACCACCAACAAUAAUAACAACAUCGACAUCACCGGAAAAACCGACAUCAUCGAUGGAGGUUUCAAUGUGUGUGUCCUCGCCCCUUCCUCACCAGCUUCUAUCAGUACAAAAUGAGGAUAAGAAUCAAUGGAUAUGGGUUGCCGCUUGCUCUGUUCUCCUAGUGCUUGUCUUCGUUGCCUUCUUCGCUGGACGUCGGUGUGGAACCCAGAAGCAGUGGAAGAGUUCCCGUCUGGAGGAAACGCAAAGUUGUUACGGCACUGGCAAGAAAGGCGCUGGGGGUGGGGACGGCGACCGGGCUGUGCUGUGCGCGCGGGCGGGGGCGGGAGUGUGUACCCGCCGACCUCCUCGCGACUACGCCGAGCACUACGCCAACGUAGGCGCCCCAGGCGAGACGCCGCAGGCGUACUACGCGGAGGUGGGCGCCCCGCCCCCUCUGCCACCGCCCGCCGCCGCCCCCGCGCCCGCGCCCGCGCUCACGCCCGUCUACGCCGAGGUGGACCUGGAGAAGAAGCACGCUCAGCGCAAGAAA